UUGUAAAACGCUUUCUUUUCUCCUUUAUUCUUCUUCCUCUCCUUUCUCUAUUUUGGGUUGCAAACAUAACUCACAAUACAAGAAAGACGCAGCUGGUUAUGCCGUUUGCCAUGGAAGAGGCAGAAAAGCACUGCUGCUUAUCGCACGAGUUUUACAGAGCAGCAACUAAGAACCCAAAUAAGAUCGCCGUCAUACAUGCGUCCUCGUCGCCAGUCGGUGAGGCCCAGAUUGACAGCGUGUCAAUCGCCGCCGGGAAUCCUCCGGUUUACCCAGGGGACUGCCGUUUCACUUUCAAUGACGUCAUGGCGUCCGUCGGUUGCCUUACUUCUCGCCUCCGCUCCAUUCUUAAUGGCGCCAAUGACCCCAGCUUGGUCAACCCACAAUCCUUAGGAAGUAAUUCUACGAGUGGGCGGGAUGUUUCCUUGUCUUCUUCGCCGCCAAGAGGAGCUCUGAGGACUGAUCUUGGGAAUGUAUAUUGUCCAAAAAUAGUUGGGAUAUAUAUUCCACCUUCAGUGGAAUACAUAAUUUCUGUUCUUUCCGUUUUAAGGUGCGGGGAGGCUUUCUUGCCUCUGGAUCCCUCCUGGCCUAGAGAUAGGAUAUUGUCUAUCGUAUCAUCUUCAAAUGCUGCUCUUGUUAUAGCUUGUGGGUCUUCCUUUGGGAAAAGGGGUUGUGAGCCAAUUGAUAAAUCGCAUUGGCUUUUAGAGUGCUGCAGCUGCCCUGUAUUGCGCUUUUCCAUGGAGGAAACCGUUGAGCAGCAUCAAGGACCA